AUGCCCAGACCAACCCUCCUAGUAAUCACCCUCCUCGUCGCCAGUCUAAUGGCCAUUGCUGAAUCAGUGGCCUCAGAAACACAUCUGGAAUUCAGCACCGUAACCGGCUACUUCCUGCAAGACGAGCCGUCCACGGACCCAGAUACCUUCGACUAUGUCGCCGCGAACUUCGGCCUCAUACCGCGGUCCUACGACUCAGACGCCGAGUUCGAUCCGGACAGCCGCAAGUCGCAGUGGGAGCGCUUCGCGCACCAUCUCGAGCAGCUGAAUGCCAACAGCGGGCCCGAGACGAGCUACCGUCUGCUGUAUCUCGGGCGCCACGGCGAGGGAUAUCACAACGUCGCGGAGCGGCGGUAUGGCACGGAACUGUGGGAUUGCUACUGGGCUCUCCAAGACGGCGACGCCAACACCACCUGGGUCGACGCCCGCCUCACAGCCGUCGGCAUCGCACAGGCCGAGACCGCCCGCGCCGCAUGGUCUGCCCAGAUCGACGCCGGCAUCCCGCCCCCGCAAGCCUACUACGUGAGCCCGCUAAACCGCUGCCUCGCCACCGCCAGCAUCACCUUCCUAGGCCUCAAGAUGCCGCAUACGCAACCGUUCCGGCCUGUUGUGAAGGAGCUCCUCCGCGAAACCCUCGGCCUGCACACCUGCGACAGCCGCUCGCCGCGCUCCGCCAUCGCCGCCGAAUACCCACAGUACAUCUUCGAGCGGGGCUUCGCGGAGCACGACCCGUUGUACGACGCGGCGUGGCGCGAGUCCGACUCCGCGCGGGACGUGCGCCUGCGCGCCCUUUUGUCGGACAUCUGUGCGCGCGACCCCAGCACCGUUCUCUCGCUGACCGCGCAUUCCGGCGCCAUCACGAGUCUGCUGAAUGUCGCGGGGCAUCGUCGGUUUGCGCUGGCGACGGGCGCCGUGAUCCCUGUGUUGGUGAGGGUGGAGCGCGUGCCGGGGCCGGCGCCGGAGAUGCGGGUUGAUCCGCCGUCGGGGGCGCCGGUGUGUAAGGUUGGGAUGGAGUCGAAGGGGGUGGGGGAGGUGGUGGUGGAGGUGGUGGAGGGUGCAUAG